AUGGGGAGAGCGAAGGAGGUGCAGAAAGUACAAUUACAAGAGCAAUCGAAUCUAAUCAUCAAGGAUGCCAACAAAAUGUUCUCCGAUUUCCGCAAGUUCGUUCGCGACGCACCUCACAUAUAUGCCGAGGAUCUAUACAAUCACUACUUCCAACCACUACCAGACGGUUCUCAUCUUCUACCCACUUUCUUUGAAGAGAAAAUAGAUAUCUUACAGGAAUGGCACGACUUCUUCACGCAUUGCUGGGAUUCAGUCUAUAGAGCAGAGGGAGCCGUCGAGGAGCUUCAGGCACUUCACACCAUGAAGGUAGAAGUCAGCGCCGUGAUAUCAUAUGUUGAAGAGCUUCAAUGUAUGGCUACCAUGGGGGACAACGCACUAAAGGAGGCUUACGCAAGGAAGGAAUUGUGGUUUCAGCGAUAA